CGGAAGCGGUUCGCCGCAGGCUCCAGGAUUCCACUUCCAGCCGGAAGAGGCGCCUGCCACGCGCCUGCCUGCCUGCUUUCUGCUGCACCCACAUUGGCGGGAACCACACAGGUCGGCUGGUGCCGUGCGGGCCGUCGGUCGCGAUGGCGUCGCGUCGGGGGGCGCUCAUCGUGCUGGAGGGUGUGGAUCGUGCUGGCAAGACCACGCAGGGCCUCAGGCUGGUGACCGCGCUCUGCGCCUCGGGCCACAGAGCCGAGCUGCUGCGUUUCCCCGAAAGAUCAACGGAAAUCGGCAAGCUUCUGAAUGCCUACUUAGAAAAGAAAACUGAACUAGAGGAUCACUCGGUGCACCUGCUAUUCUCUGCAAACCGCUGGGAACAAGUACCAUUAAUUAAGGCGAAGUUGAACCAGGGUGUGACCCUUGUUUUGGACAGAUACGCCUUUUCUGGGGUUGCCUUCACUGGUGCCAAGGAGAAUUUCUCCCUGGAUUGGUGCAAACAACCAGACGUGGGCCUUCCCAAACCUGACCUGAUCCUGUUCCUUCAGUUACACCUGCUGGACGCUGCUGCUCGCGGAGAGUUUGGCCUUGAGCGGUAUGAGACUGGGACUUUCCAGGAGCAGGUUCUGCUAUGUUUCCAGCAGCUCAUGAGCGAUAAAAACCUCAACUGGAAGGUGGUCGAUGCUUCCAAAAGCAUUGAGGAUGUCCAUGAAGAAAUCCGUAUGCUCUCUGAGGACGCCAUCCGAGAUGCUGCACAGAGGCCGCUGGAGGAGCUCUGGAAGUAAUCCAUCGCCAAUGCUAUCCUCUUCUUCUUCAGGAGAUUGGUAGAAGGCCCACACCUCAAUCCUCUUCAGCAGGAACAAGUUCUUAGUAGAAGAGGUCAUAGCCAAGACACCAUUCAUAACCUGAGACUAGUGGACAAGUUCUCCCUCUGCCUACUGGCUUGGCUAUAAAGGUGUUGAUGUGUUGCUAUCUCCAUACUGAACCUUAAUGGGAACUCUCAGCAGUUUCCUUGACAUCACUAAAAACAUGAACUGUCUGGAAUUUUUUUUUUUUUUUUUACAGAAACUAAUAAAAAUUUACCUGAAAAUGUA